UUUUUUUUGUAUUGUAACUGUUGUCAUUUGUUUGACACUCAACAAUCCUUGGCAAAUAUAUCGUACCAAUGUCGUACUAAUUCGGGUAAAAUAGUUGGAGAAAAUGGAUAACUACAAGUUAAAAAUCAAUAAUAUACUCCACGACACGCAAUAUUGUGGAAUAUGUUUUGAAAAUGAUACUAUGAGUAUAAAUGCGAUAGAUGAAGAUUUCGAAAUUAAAGUAAAUCAACAAACUGAGAUAAAAUCUUUGAGAACUUUUAUAGAAACUGUGUUUAGGGAGACAGAGGUAGAGGCCAUAUCAACAGCAUCAUUCAUAUGCAACAACUGCACAGAAAAACUGGUUGAAGCAUACAUUUUUAUUGAAAAUGCAAAAGAAACAUUUAAGAUAAUUAGCAAAUAUAUUAAUGAUCUGUUUAACAAAUCAAAUGAUAUUUUAAGCCAUAUUUCAGACUUUCAUAAUGAAAGUACAAAUAUUGUGAUUGUAUUAGAAAAUAAUACUGAUAAUGCCAUACAAGAAAAAGAAAUUAAUUCCACCACAAAGAAAGAUGAAGUUGAAAUAAAAGAAGUAAUAGCACCAGAGACAAUUUGUUCCAAAUUCAAAUGUGCUAACUGCUUUUUAGUGCUACCUUCUUUUAAAUCAUUAAAAUUACAUAAAGAAGAAUGUGGGAAACAGACAUCUUGCAAACAAUGCUCUAAGAUAUUUCAGAAUAAGAAAUUACUAGUAGCACAUAACGAAAUGCACUCAAAAAUCAGAUGCAAGUUUUGUCAUGAAAUCCUACAAGUGAACCAACUAAUGGACCAUUUGAGCGCUAAUCAUAGAGAAUCUUUACACAAAUGUCUUACAUGUAAUGAAGUAUUUUACACCACAAGGACUUUACAAAGUCAUCAACAAAGCUGUGAGUUUGACAAAGAAAACCAAUGCUUAAUGUGUUUAAGAACUUUUGAUGAAGAAGAACUAAGUUCCCAUACUUGCAAGUUUCGCUGUACCGAGUGCUCUGAGGUGCCCUGUAUACAUUAUAAGUACUUAGUUUCUUUUAGAGAACAGAUUUUAAAAAAUACUGGCAACGUCAAAUGUUUGCAUUGUGGGUAUGUUUGUAGAAAAAAAGAGACUUUACUUGGCCAUGUAAAUAGAGAACAUUUGAACCACAAUCCGUUUAUUUGUGAUCAAUGUGGACAGCAGUUUCAUUCGAAAAUGGCCCUUAUCUCUCACAUACAAAGGUUGCAUGAAGAGUACUUUGUUUGUCGGUUUUGUGAUUUAGAGUUCUCUAAUCAAGGAAUUUAUAAAGCUCAUGUGCAAUCGUGUGAAAGUACGAAAAGAGGUUUUGCUUGUGACACGUGUCCAGCUUCUUUUGAUCUUUUUGAAAGUGUAUCGGAGCAUAAAAAACGAAGACAUGGUACAGAGGUAUUUCCCUGUAAUAUUUGUAAUAAACAAUUUGUUAGAGAAUCAAAAAGAAAUGAGCAUAUGGUUAAGGUCCACAGCAAUCUUCAGAAUGAAUUAAAUAAUAUAGACUGUGUUGUGUGCCAAAGAAAAUUUUAUUCUAAAGGAGAAUUAGUCCGUCAUAUGAAAUCUCAUGGCCCAAACACUAUGUAUCCGUGUAGGAUAUGCAACACAGAGUAUGACACUCUGAGACAGUUUAGAGCUCAUAAUCGCAUACACAAGGGACCAUUCACAACAUGCCAUAUAUGUGGUAAAGAAAUGAGGGAGAUUCUGUUAAAAAAACAUCUACGCACACACUCAGAUACUAUAGAAACCUGCGACACUUGUGGUAGGUCGUUUGAAAACAUUACUCUACUAAAAUACCACCAAAGAGUCCAUUUAGAAAGUGUACCUUGUCUCAAAUGUAAGAAGAUGGUCAACCCGGCCAGUUUACGGAGACAUUGGAAGAGACAUUUGAUUCAAGAGAAUCCUAGUCUAAGAAGAAUUGAGAAAAAGCAACCGAAUUUGAAAUGUGAACAGUGUGACUAUAAGACGUGGAAUAACACUCUUCUGGACUGCCACAUGAACCGACAUCAUCUUAAAGUGAAGCCAUAUGUGUGCCAUAUAUGCAGUAAAGACUUUAUCGGUAAACAUUUGCUCAAGAAACACAUAGAAACACAUGAUAUGAAGAGUGUGACCUGCAUGGUGUGUCUAAAAAGUUUUGCCAACUCAAUCUGUUUAAAAAUGCACUUACGUCUGCAUACAGGAGAGAAACCGUUUACUUGUGAAAUUUGUGGUGACCGGUUCAGGUCUUCGAGUAUUAUGAAUGUGCAUAAGCUUAAGAAGCAUUCAGAUAAGAACAAUUUUUGUCCGUUGUGUUCAAAUAAGUUUCAUACUGUUAGGGAAUUGAGAAGACAUGUGAUCAAAGUGCAUUGGAAGCAGAAGAAUAAGAGAUUUGACCCUCGAGAGGUAGAAGGGUUGAAUAAAGAGCAUUAUCACUUGUUUCACGACGGAAGAAGGGUUAAAGUUGCUGAGGAAGACAUUGAUUUUUAUAUGCCUUGUUGAUGCAAUACAUUAUGUUCC